AUGUUGCCCACAAAAGUUUAUCCAGUAACAUUACGCGUAACCACAAAAGCCACAUCAAAUGCUGCCUGGUGGAUAAAAACUCCAUCAAAUCUCAACGCGGAAAAGAUACAAAAACAAACAAAGCCCAACAGUUUUUAUCGAGAUUUUAAGGACUUGUUUCGCAACAUAUCCUUGCAUGGCUAUAAAUAUUUGUUUGCAUCAAAUUUCACCGUUUGGGAAAAACUUAUCUGGUUAUCGCUACACGUAUCCAUGUUUUGUGUAGUGAUUGUUGCACUCUCACUUUCAUGGGACCAAUUUGUUGGACAAUAUUUUGUCAUCAAUUUACAGGACCCAUUGUUUCCUGUUGAGAAAGUACCAUUUCCUGCAGUGUCAGUAUGCAGUAACAAUCGCAUCUCAUUACGAGAGGCUAUGUCCUAUGCAAAUGAGCUACAGAAGAAAGAUCCCGCUAAUCAUACCUUAGACUAUUAUUUAGCGGGUAUUCGAAACUUUACGGAUUUUUAUUAUAAAUACGAGAAUACUGCUAAAGAAGGCGAUUAUUCCAAUUUUCAAGCAUUUCUCGAUAAUUUUGAAACUGCAGAAAACGAGAGUUUUUUUAAUAUGAGCAAAAUCAUGCAAAGGCUCACACCCAGUUGCAAAAAUUUUAUACAAAGAUGCUGGUUAGCGGGUAAAGAAAUUGAUUGCUUCACAAAGAUAUCCUUUCAGGAUAGUCAAACAAUGUUUGGACCAUGUUGUACAUUUAAUUUAAAUAAUACUUACGCGGAAAGGAACUAUAAAAAUCGUUUCGUUGGUUCUGGGUCAGGAUUAAUUCUUUUGUUGAAUAGUAGCAUCUUGGAUGAGUUUAAUACCAUUUUAAAUAUUAUUGGCUAUGUCGUAAUUGUACAUAAUCCUGAUGAUUUCGCUGAUAUAUCAUCAGGUGGUAGUCAAGUAGUAUUUCCUACAUUUAAUCAAGAAUCUUUUGUACCAAUUUCUGCACGAGUCAUCGACACUGAUGACGAUUUACGACAAUUUCAUUCGAAAAAUCGAAAAUGUUACUUCGAUGAAGAAACAGCCAGUCCACCAAGUCCUAACAGACAAUAUCCCUACAGUUUCGUCAAUUGUGUUACACGCUAUCGCAUCAGAAGUAUCAUGGCUUUAUGUGGCUGCCUGCCGUUUUUCAUGCCGUUGGAGUUGGUCGGAGUAACUUUUCGCGAUGGUAUGAUGUAUUGUAAUUUACAGCAUAUAACAUGCCUGCUGCGUUACGAUUUUAAAUGGCGCAGCAUACUGACUGAGUCUGUGAACAUACCCGGAUUGGAGCGUGAAGCUGAGGACGCACUCUAUUGUCCAUUUUGUUUGCCAUCAUGUUACGAUGUGCAGUAUAAAAUAUCCUUGCUGUCCUUACCUACGGAACGUUAUGCAUAUGCUAGUAGAAGCAAUGACAGCCUUUUGGAAAGGCCAAAUUUAACCGUAUUACGUGUGUACUUCAAUGAACCCACUGCGAAGUAUUACAGACGUGUGCUUGCUAACACUUGGUAUGAAGGAUUGAGCAAUGUUGGUAAUAUUUUAUCCAUAUUCAUUGGAUUUUGUAUAAUGGCUGUAUUCGAGGUAUUAUAUGUGUUAUCAAAGCACUUGAUUGCUGGCUUCAAGAAGUACGUAAAACAAAAUAAUGACAGCAAGAAUGCUCAAAUGAAAGGUGAUAUACCAGAGGUGCAACUCUAUAUUUGUCCUUAA